AUGGCCUACCUCAUUGAGAUCAAAGGUGGAAAGGAGAAAGUUAGGAUCUGGAGACUUAAGGAGGGGGAGAUUUGCUGGGGGAAGUGGCCCUGGCAUUCGGGGCUCCUGAAGGCCCAGGAGCUGUUUCUGGCAGCAUGGGGGGUCUAUUCGAAGUCCGUCCCAGCCAGCUGCGGGCAGUUGCUAAGUCAGCUUCUGCUAUGCGCUCUCAUCGCCGGGGCUGCGGGCGGACUCACCUACAACUGGCUGGCUUCCUCCCUGAUGUACUCAGCAAGGACGGCGGCAGCGGGAGCCGCGGCCUGCGGCUUCCUGCUGUUCCUGGCCCUGGGUCUGGUGCACCCGGCCCGCUGCCUGCUGGCGAUUACCGUGCCCACCCUGGGCACCAGGCAGGGCCGCCGCCUGCUCCUGUCGUCCGGCUUCGCCGAGCUGGCCACUCAGGUGGUCCCCAACGUUCUGGCCAACGUGGCUGCCACCACCCAGGUGCUGAGGUGCGUGGCCCAGGGCUCCCUGGAGAGCCUGCUCAACUCCACCCGCCAGCUGGAGGCAGCCACGGAGGCCCUGGACUGGGCGUCGAGGCGGACCGGGGGCCGCAGACUGGCCUUCGAGACCCCCGGCGACUGCUCCGCCCUGCGUCUCCAGCUGCUCGCGGCCACCCGGAGGGUGCAGGAGGAUGUCUCGGCCCUGGAGGCGCUGCUGCGGGGACUGGCUCUGGGCACCAACCGCGUGCUGGCUGCAGUCUUUAUUCUCUCCCUCCUGUCCGAGUCGGGGCGGUACUUAAAGGGCUAUCUGACCGAUCUGCAGUUCGACAACCUCUACAGCAGCGAGCAGCUGGAGCGGCUGCUCAGAGAGAGCCCCCCGCGGGGCUCGCCUCCGGCGCUGGUCCUCAGCGUGACUCGCCUGCGGCUCUCCCGGGCUGAGAAGCUCCACUGCCUGGUCCGCCUGGCGUUUCUGGGGAUGCCCCUGGGGGCCAUGGCCGUGAUUGUGGCCGCGGAUCACGUGGCCUUCCUCCUGGCAAGCGUGGCUGUAGCCUGGGCCCAGAAGCUGCCCACCCUGCCCAUCCAUCUGAGCAUCAAGUAUGAUAAAUGCUUAAGAGAAACUGCUUCUAUAUUAUACCCACAUCUUUUGGUUCCUCUCCCCUACUUCCAGGCCAAGUACACACUCUUUGCUUUCAUCUCCUUCAUCUUCAAUCAACCUUCUGAAGAGAAAUCCCUGAACACUUACCAAGGCACAUCCAAGUGGGAACUCCGCUUCACCUCAGACAGUUGCCAGUUGUACCCCGCACAGCCCCCACAAUACACGGCUGCCUUGGCUGCAGGGACCCUCUUCCUCAUUGCUUCUGCCACAGUCUUCCUGGAGACCUACGCCCGCAGGCUGGUUCAUAAAGUGGCUGCCUCCUUCUUCCAGGCUCAAGAGGAACAGAGGGCCCGAUACCUGUUUGCCCGGCUUCACCAAAGUCACUAAAAGAAGGAAGCAGAACCCUUCCAUGCCCGAGGUUCCUCUUGCUCAUGUUCUUCAGUCCUCUGGUCUGCAUUGGGUUUAGGGCCAUUCAUAUACAUGUGGCCUUGAGGUCCAGGGAUACCUUUGAAUGAAUGCUGUGAGAAUCUCAGGGAUGCCCUCCCAGGUCAUACUCUUAGACCUUCUGAAGGAAGAAAAGACCUCCCUUUUCCAGGAUGUCAAAUUUUUCCUAUGAAGGUUUCGAACCUAACUGGAACCCACCCAAACUGGAAGGCAUCUCAGAAUGAAAGGCAGAGCUGGAAUGAACUUUAUUUUAUUUUAUUUUUUUAUUAUACCUUUUUAUUGACAGAGCCCAUGCCUAGGUAAUUUUUCAACAUUGUCCCUUGCACUCACUUUUCUUCUGACUUUUCCCUUCUCUCCCUCUACCCCUUCCCCAGAUGGCAGGUAGUCUCAUACAUGUUAAACAUGUUAAAGUAUAUCUUAGACACAAUAUAUGUGUAUACAUCCAUACAGUUCUCUUGCUGCACAAGAAAAAUCAGAUUUAGAAAGAUGAAAAUAACCUAGGAAGAAAAACAAAAGUACAAAUAGUCCUCAGUCAUGGAAUGGACUUUAAAACAAACCAAUUGAUGAACAAGGCUUUAAUAAACACCUACUAUGUUCUGGGCUCAGUGAUAGUCAAUAAGGAAAGAAUGACAAAAAAAUGGAGCAAUCCCUGCUUUCAAGAAAUAUAUGUUCUAAUCUAUCCUCAUUUUACAGAAGGUAAAGCUGAGGAUCAGAGAAGAAAAGUUCUUAGUUCCAAAAUUCUGAAAGGCAAUUUCAGAACUGCCUUAGUUCCAAAAUCCUAGAACUGGAAAGUUCUAGAACCUCAAAAGCCAGUUGGGUCAACCCUACCAUUUUUACAGAUAGAAAUUGGAUUUCAUUGAGAUUAAUGAAUUUGCCGAAAGUCACACAGAAAUCAUGAUGGCAUGAUUUGAACCCAGAUCAGUACUCUGAGUCUAGAACCAAUACUCUUUCCCUUCUUAAGCACAUAGUAGCAGAAAUACUAGUAGAUCUGGGAUUCAAACCUGAUCUCUUUGGUUCCAAAAUUGUGGAUUUUCUCACUCUACCACAUUGUCUUCCAAUUAUCUAUUUUAGACCCUCCUGAAUUCUCAAAGCUCUCUUUACUUCAUAUUUUUCUGCUUUGUUGCAUUAGAACAGGUAACAUGGGUUACGAUUGGACAUUCCUUCCAACAUUUCUGGUUUUGACCAGGGCUCUGAGCUGUUUUAUUUUGCUCUGUGAUCAUUUCCUGAUGUAACUAAUCCUGCUCAGAACAGAGCUGGACAUUUAAUAAAUAUUUAUUGAUAGAUUUAUCUAUUUAAAACUUUUUAAGUAGU